AUGACGCUGGAUAUUGGCCGUAGUAGAAUCUUGGCCAACCAAGAUAUAGGAGAGGACUUCACCCACGUCUACUCCGAGAAGAUCCCGAUCUGGAUUCGAAAGGCUCAAACCAUCAGCAUUGACAUUCUCCUGUAUCAUCCAACAAGGGACGACGUGUUGGCCACCGAGUUUCCUCACUUCGCCAAUCUCUUCUACGCUCUGAUCGCAUCGCUAAUGACUGGCGAUCUCAAGACGCUGCACAUAGAUCUAGACCAUCUGAUUGGUACCCGCAUCAACGACGAGGAUGAUGAUCUUCCAGAUAAUCAACUCCCCGCCAAUGUCAUCUUAACAAUCCUCCACCCUCUCACAUUCCUCCCAAACACAGUAUUUCUCUCAACAUCCCCAUUGCACCCCAAGACCGGUUCCCCAAUCUUCCCCAAAAGAACGCACCACAACGGUCUCAGCAUCGACCUCCUCGAAUUCACGAAUCUAAAGGACGAUAUCCGGAGACUUAAUGCACGGGUCAUCAGUACAGGAGUUGCUCCAGGUGGAAUCAGGGUGCUUGGCAGAAUAAUGUGGGAUAUUGAGAACAGACACGAAGCGCGCGCGAGGGUGAUGCCGGAUUACAAGUACUUUGGCAAGAGGAUAGGGAAGGUUAGGCAGAUGAUAGGAACACCGGCUGUGCGGAGAUUGAUUGAGCGGGCGGAAGAGGUUGAAGUGUAUUGGGGUGAGGGGUGCUGUUGUGGGGAGGAGCUGUAG